CCUGCCAAGUCACUCAAAGUUGAACCUAAACCCUACCGGGCUAUACGCUAUACUGCUCUGCCCCUCUGCUGUCGUUAGGUCCUAUCGUUCUCCUAACCACACCCAUAGCCACAGUCCGCAACGCGCUUGAUCGAAGUCCUCUGUACAGUCCACUGCCACAGGAAGAGUGCAGCUUCUUACAGCCAUAUAUAUCGAACCCCAAUCAGCAAAAAUACGCAGUGUGUCCUGCUCAGUGUUCACCGCAAAAUGGCUGCUAGUGCUACUUCAUGUCACUGUGCAUUACGAUCUGAUAAAAACGCGCUAUCCUCGGCAUUUCCCUCCCUCUCCGGUCAGAAUCUCCGUCAAUGCACUCGUUUCUCUGGCACCAUGAUUUUUUCUCCGGCGAGUUGUCCGGCAUUUCGCCUCAAAAUAUCAUGCCAGAGUCAGACCUCUUCCGCUGUUUCUGCUGAGUCAUCGGUCAGGGGUAAAGAAAAAGCUGGCUUGAAGGAUUUUCUCCAUAUAGAUGAUUUUGAUAAGGAUACUAUUUUGAAGAUCUUAGAUCGAGCUAUUGAGGUGAAGGCUCUGUUAAAAUCAGGUGACAGGAGCUUCUUACCAUUUAAGGGGAAGACAAUGUCAAUGAUCUUCACUAAGCCAUCCAUGAGAACGCGGGUUUCGUUUGAGACUGGAUUUACAUUGUUAGGUGGGCAUGCUUUAUAUUUAGGACCUGAUGAUAUCCAAAUGGGUAAGCGGGAGGAAACUUGUGACAUUGCGCGUGUUUUGUCUUGCUAUAAUGACAUAAUUAUGGCCCGAGUUUUUGCUCAUCAGGAUAUACUUGAUCUAGCUAAGUAUGCAACUGUGCCAGUCAUCAAUGGCUUGACAGACUACAACCACCCUUGCCAGAUAAUGGCUGAUGCCCUUACUAUAAUUGAACAUGUUGGUCGGUUGGAAGGAACCAAGGUUGUCUAUGUUGGAGAUGGAAAUAAUAUUGUUCAUUCAUGGUUGUUGCUGGCAUCUGUCGUGCCUUUUCACUUCGUUUGUGCAUGCCCCAAAGAUUUUGAACCUGAUGAGAAAACAGUCGAGAAAGCAAGGAAGGCUGGAAUCAGCAAAAUUGAGAUAACUAAUAAUCCUAAAGAAGCAGUUAGAGGAGCUGAUGUUGUUUAUUCUGAUGUCUGGGCCAGUAUGGGCCAAAAGGAAGAAGCUGCCUACCGUCGCCAAGUGUUUCAAGGAUUUCAGGUGGACCGAGGUCUGAUGAACUUGGCAGGCCCGAAAGCAUUUUUCAUGCAUUGCUUACCAGCGGAAAGAGGGGUGGAGGUUACGGAUGAAGUCAUUGAAGCUCCAUAUUCAAUUGUCUUCCCUCAAGCAGAGAACCGUUUACACGCACAAAAUGCAAUAAUGCUUCAUGCGCUUGGAAAGUGAACUAGUGAUCAUAUUGAUUGAUCUCCUUGGAAAUAGGAGUUCAAUACUCAAUUUCAGUUCUUCUGAGUCUCUUUGUUUAAAUUACAAAUUGCAUUGAGUUGCAUCCCCAGCUUCAGUGGAAAAAUACGAGUGUUUUAGCCCUUGGAGAGCCAAGUAACUGAGUACGUUAUCUUAUGCAGUGCUGAAGCUUUGAGCCUAGUUGUGUCAUGAACUCUUUCCCUAUCAUAUAUGCCUUCUUGCUGUGUUUUGGGGUAAAAAGGUGGUUGAUCAAUGCAUAAUAAAAGUUCCAUUAGAUCA